CACGCCCCCUGCGAGGAGUUUCCCAAAACUCAGCGCGGCAGGCCUCGGCCGCGCUAAGAUGGCGACUCCCAUGCAUCGGCUCAUAGCCCGGAGACAAGCUGAAGCAAAUAAGCAACAUGUAAGAUGUCAGAAAUGCUUGGAAUUUGGACAUUGGACUUAUGAAUGCACAGGAAAAAGAAAAUACCUACAUAGGCCUUCAAGAACAGCAGAACUAAAGAAAGCUUUAAAAGAAAAAGAAAACAGAUUAUUAUUACAGCAAAGCAUUGGAGAAACCAAUGUAGAAAGAAAGACCAAGAAAAAAAGGGCUAAGAGUGUAACCAGCUCCAGUAGCAGCAGCAGCGACAGUUCAGCCAGUGACUCCUCGUCGGACAGUGAGGACACGUCUACCUCAUCCUCCUCUGAGGACAGUGACACCGACGAAAGCUCCUCCAGUUCCUCCUCAUCAGCCUCCUCCACCAGCUCUUCGUCCUCUUCCUCCUCCGACUCCGACUCCAGCUCUUCCAGUAGCAGCAGCACCAGCACAGAGAGCAGCUCUGAGGAUGAGCCACCAAAGAAGAAGAAGAAGAAGUAGAGUGGCCGCAGCCGGGAGACUGAUGCUCUGAGACGUGGCAGGGUUCUGCAGAGGGGUUCCCAGGCGCCCGGCCGGCUCAGCGAACAGCUCACAAGACACAGAGUUCAAGUUUCCAAACGUUUUAUGUUGUCAGAGCAUAAAGAGUGUUAAUAAUGGAUUAUAUAGAGAGACUUUUUUAUGUUAAGGGGGAAUCUUGUUUUUCUUUUUUAUCUUAAGUAUAUAUCUCUAGAACUUAAUCAAAGCUGAAAUCCAGUAAAUCUGCUUUUGUGAUUAAAUUUAUGUUUUUCCUCCCUGUGGGAUAAAUGCUGUCUUUUGUUAUAUGUUAAUAGUAUGUUUUCAGCAUAAUACAUCAGAAUAUCUAUCAAUGAAUUUCUAAUGUUUUUGGCGUGUGUUACUGUUUAAUACAUUGUUACGAUGAGCUUGGGAAUUUCCUACUGUUGAUAAAUGUGUCCUUUUUUAUGUUUAUGUUCAAAAAGUUAUUCUGACUUUUUAUCCUAAAUGAUUAGUUCAAGAAGCCAAUUAAUAUAUUUAGACUUUUUGAAAGCUGUGAAGUUGGAAGUUGUGGUUUAUCAUUCAUUCUUCUGGUUCCUAAAGUUCAUAGAAUUACCUCUGCCAAGGAAAAUCAUUGCAAAAGGACAAAAAGGGACAAGAAAAUCUGAAACGACUUGAGUCUACUCUUGGUGCCUUUUUAAAAAUUCAGUGUAUUGGAAAAGAAAGCAACUAUUCAAAAGCCUAAUUUAAGUAAAAGUACCAUAUAAACACAUUUGUGUGUUAGUAUGCUUUAGGGCUCCCAUCAAAAAGGGUGAGGAAGGAGGGGAAGAAAGGUCAUUUUUGCAUAAAAGGAGGGCAAUGUUGGCUGUCUUUUAUUUUAAAAAAUUUUAGACACUUGUAAAGAUUGCCUUUUGCCAUUUUGCAAUUAUGAUAGUGUACAUUAACUGUAUGUCAAUCUACUAUAUAAAUAUGAAUGACUAGGACUAAUCUUGUGUGUUUACACAGCAAACACAAGGUGAAAGGCUGCAAAGGAGAUUCUGCAAGAUGUUUCUUAAACAAAAUACUCUUACUGUGAUGUGUAAUCGCUCCUAAUGUGGUUUCACGUCACAUUAUUCUGUGAUAGCUUUUAAACUUUGUAGAAAGAGGUAUAAUUUGUAGAAAAAUCUUGAUUUGGGUUAAAUACAAGUUUUUAAAACUAUAAAUGUUGUCUUUUUAUAUUUUUAUAAAAACAGUGGAAAAUACUAUUGAAUAAAAUGGGCUUCUUUAGA